AUGGAUGGAGUAUACUCCUCCGGCCAGGCUAGUUCUGAGUCCGAGCUUGCUGCCCGCCGAGCCGAUUACGACCGGAGAAUGAACGGAAUGGUAGAGCUGGGAGGAGGAAAAGUCGCAGUCUACGGCGCCAAACCCCGCCCAGGUGAAGCAGGCGUCAGGAUCACACAGGUCCCCGCCGCCCAUCCACAGGAGUCACUCGCUAUAAGAUUCUUCGAUGGCGGACUCGCACUGCGAGGCCAGUACAUGUUCGACCUCUUCGACCUCCGUUCCAAAACAGCUCUUAACAUGCCCGACGGGCUCGUAUUCUACCCGCACUUCCGCCCCGGCCAGGUUCCUUUCCUUGGCCAUGUCAUGUCGUGGGAAGAGGCGGGCAGGAUGGCAAAGAGCGACAUUCCGGCGGGAGAGGAGCGUUUCAGUCUUCCGGAGGGGGUGGUUGUCGAGUUGAGGCGUCCGGGCAUGCCUCCGUUCUACUUCGAGGUCCCGGUUAGAGAGGUAGUCUCUUCCGUGAAUCCUGCCACUUCCAUUCCCUUCUCCAUGUGA